AUGACAUCAUCAAAAAAAAUUUUCUGGUCCUCUAGUCCUAUUUUGUUACAAGUAUCUCCAUCAGUGAAUAAUAUCAAUACCAAAACAUCAACACCAACAUCAAAGUACAAGUCUACUCCGGAAACCACAAACCUUGCACGAGUAGCAAGACUUAUCCUUGGUCCAUGCACAGAUCUGCUGCGUGAUAUUCUCAAAAGAAAAAUUCCACCUUCCGAUUUAUCAAAAACUGUGAAAACUUGGAUUGAUGAUCUAAAAAAGAACAAAAUAAAGAAUCCGUUGAAUAAACAACAAAUUGCUCUCAUUUUCCCCCUUCCAAAUAAACAGCAUAGUGGAGAUUAUUCUGAUCUUGACAUCAGUUUGCUAUACAUUCUUCUACGUAAUGUCUGUAAAAUAACUCCACACAAUAAGGGAUGGGGAGAAGAACCCGAUCCAACAGACAACAGUGUGUCCGCCAGCAUAGAAAGAAUCAGACUGACAAGAAACAAGUACUAUGGACAUGCAGCAGAUUUCUCUCUCACGCAAUCAAACUUUAUAAAGGAAUGGCAAAAUAUUUACAAUAUUACUGUUGAAUUAGAACAACACAUUGGAACUUUGACUGUUUACCAAGAUGCUGUGAACGAUAUAAGAGCAUGUUCCAUGGAUCCAGAGAUAGAGGCCAAAUAUAUUGAUAAACUUUUACUGAUUGAUGAAUUGUGUGAAACGGUUAAAAGUCACACGGAGGAAAUUAAGAAACUACAGCAAGAUGCCCUUCCAAAUGUUAAGGAUGAAAUUAAGGAACUACAACAUGCCAUUCCUCCAAAUGUUAAGGAUCUUCAUGAAAAACAAUUACAACAAUGGAGAGAAGAAGAUUUGAUUUACAGUGAAACUCACACUUUCCAGGAAAUGUUGAACAAAGUCAGGGGACAACCAUAUAUGACAUUUGUUGGAGUCCCAGGAUCCGGGAAAUCAGCAACGAUUCAUCACAUAGCCCUAAUACUCCAGGAUGAAGGCCACGAAGUUAUACCUAUUAUAGAAAUCAGUGAGAUUUACCGUUAUUGUGACUCCCAUAAUCCUCAGGUAUUUGUUAUCGAUGAUGUUGUAGGUGUGUUGGGACUGCAAAAACAAAAGUUAGAAACUUUAGUUGACUAUGAAAAAAUUAUUUCACAUUCCAUCAAAGGUACUAAGGUACUGAUGUCAUGCAGGGAAGCAGUGUUUAAGGAAUGUUACAAAUCAUUUUUCAUAAAUGAGGGUAACGUAAUCAAAUUAUAUAGUGCAGAAAAUGCAUUAAAUGAUGACGACAAAAUAGCUAUUCUUCAGACACAUGGCUUGGAUAAAGAUUUGUUGUCUCCUACAUUACUGAGAAAGGUAUCGACAAUGUUUCCUUUGUUGUGUAAACUCGUAUCAAAAGAAGCGAAUUUUAAGAACAACAUUGAAAGGUUCUUUACUUGUCCAACUGCAUGCAUUUUAAAAGAGUUUGACAAAAUGCAGGAACAGAAUAGAUUACAGUAUGCUACACUGGUAUUAUGCCUGUUAAAUGGCAAUAAGUUAUCAAAAGAAAUAUUAAAAGAAACAGAAAAUAAGGUUUUCUACGAAAUGAAACGAAAAACAUUAGAAAAAUGUGAAGUUGAGAGUUACACAGAUUCAUUUAAAUUUGUUAAGGCAUUGUUAGUAAUGGAGGGGACAUACACAAAACUCUGUGGUUUUGAGUAUACCUUCAUUCAUGACUCUAUGUUCGAAAUCAUUGCCCAUCAUUUUGGUUCUCAGUUCCCAAAACUCAUCUUACAGUUUAUGAGUACUAGUUACAUUGCUAACUAUGUAAAGCUUCAAAAAUAUGAAAUGCUUAAAUUAGAGAAUGAAUAUAAACAAGCAAGUGAAAAAGAUUCAAUCGACGGUGAGAGUAAAAAUGAAAAAAAUAUUGCUUGUAAAAGCUCACAAAAAGGAGAGAAAGAGGCUUUAAGUGCUGAAAACAGUGAUAGAAUGGAGUCAUUUGAUCUCUGUAUAAGGUUAGGGGAGGAUCUGUACUCUAGGUUAGCAGAGCGUUUGUACAGAGAUAUAGAAAAUAUGGAACUUUAUGAUGUAUUUAUGAAUGAUAUUUUAAAACACCCCAGUGUUUGUCAGGCUUUUAUUGAGGUGUUAAAAGCAAAGUCUUACUCAGAGUUAAAGUCUUUAUUUCUGUCAAUACGGAAAGAUGUGUCUAAGGUAGUGAGUAAAGGAGAGCGUGUGAGAGAGGAGAUUGAGAAGAGGGAUGGGUGGAGCAGGGAGUGGGACAGACAGAGGUUGUUAGUAAAUGCGAGAAGGGUGUUUGUGAAUGAGAAGUACGAUAAAACAGAAAUGAAAUACAGUGUAAGGGUUAUCAGGUGGGUGGUUUACUACGGACACAAUCAGCUUUUACAAUAUAUUUUAGAGCAAACUGAGUGUCACAAAGAAACACAGUCUGAACUUUUUUUGAAUUCUUUCAAACUUGCUUUACUUAAUCCAACAAUAGAAGAGGGAAAUAAAACAGCAGCAAAUGAUCCAGUCGAAAAUUUAAGGUCAUUCAUAGACUUAGACAUAGAUGGAUCAAUAUCUGAACACCAGCGCUUAUUGGAGCUGAGUUGUUACAAUGGAGAUUUAGAAACUGUGAAAACAUUUAUUAGAUAUUUCAAAAGAAAUACAAUUUAUACGACUUUUCCAGAUUUAAAGUUUAAAUUUUUAUUGGGAGACGAAGCACUUCAAGCCGCGUGUAUGGAUGGACAUCUGAGUGUAGUGAAGGAGCUAAUAGAGGCAGGGGCUGAUGUCAAUCCACAGGAUGUUUAUGAAACACCGCUGACAAUAGCCUGUGAAGGUGGAUAUACAAGUAUAGUAAAGGAGCUUAUAGAGGCCGGAGCUGUUAUCGAUCAAAAAGCUCAUUAUGGUUCUACACCACUGACAGCAGCAUGUUAUGGUGGAUAUAUAAGUAUAGUGAAGGAGCUACUCGGGGCUAGAGCUGAUGUCAAUCUACCAGGUGAGUAUGAUACACCACUGACAGCAGCUUGUAAAGGUGGAUAUAUAAGUAUAGUGAAGGAGCUUAUAGAGGCCGGAUCUGAUAUCAAUAGAAAAGUUAGGUUCCAUAAACCACUGACAGCAGCAUGUGAGGGCGGACAUCUGAGUGUAGUGAAGGAGCUAAUAGAAGCCGGAGCUGAUAUCAAUAGAAAAGGUGAGUUUCAUACACCACUGACAGCAGCAUGUGAGGGUGGACAUAUGAGUGUAGUGAAGGAGCUUAUAGAAGCCGGAGCUGAUAUCAAUCAACAAGAUAAUUAUAAAUCAACACUGACAGCAGCGUGUGAAAGUGGACAUAUAAGCAUAGUGAAGGUGCUUAUAGAGGCCGGGGCUGAUAUCAAUCAAAAUGGUCAUUAUGGUUAUACACCACUGAUAGCAGCAUGUGAGGGUGGAUAUAUAAGUAUAGUGAAGGAGCUGCUCGGGGCUAGAGCUGAUGUCAAUCUACAAGGAACGCAUGGAAUAGGUAUAAAUAAGAAAACACCAUUAACAGUCGCAUGUAAGGGUGGACACUUUGAUAUAGUAAAAGAGUUGCUAGUGGCAGGGGCUGAUGUUAAUCAAGAAGGAAAUAAUUUCACACCACUUACAGCUGCAUGUUGGGGUGGACAUAUAAAUGAAGUGAAGGAACUCAUGGAAGCAGGUGCUGAUGUCAAUGUGCAGAGUAAAAUAGAUUCACCUUUAACAGCAGCAAUUAAUGGUGGAAAUAUUGUCAUAGUUAAAGAGCUGCUUAGUGCAGGGGCCAGUGUUAAUCCACAAGAUACGCAUGUUACACCUCUGAUAGCAGCAUGUAAAGGUGGGCAUGAGAGUUUUGUGAGGGAGUUGUUAGGUACAAGGGCUGAUGUUAAUUUACAUAGUACAUGUGAAACACCACUGAUAGCAGCUUGUUAUUGUGGACAUAUGAGUAUUGUGAUGGAUCUCUUAAAGGCAGGAGCUGACGUUAAUCUACAAAUUAAAUCUUGUACACCACUGAUAGCGGCAUGUUUGGGUGGGCAUGAAGAUGUGGUGGAAGAGAUUGUAAAUGCAGGGGUUGAUGUUAAUUUACAUGGUAAUUUUUAUAACUCACUGAAUGUGGGUGUAGGAAACUUAAUAGAGUUAUUUGAUAAAGAUGAAUCGUAUACACCACUAACAUUAGUAUGUGGUGGUGGAUAUAUGAGAGGAGUUAAAUCGCUGCUUAAGGCAGGCGCUGAUGUUAAUCCUCGGGAUGAAUAUUUAACACCAUUAAUAGCAGCAAUAAAGGGUGGAUAUAUAUGUAUUAUAAAGGAGCUGCUAAGUGCAGGGGCUGACCUAAAUCUUCAAGCUAAGCAUAAAACACCAUUGAUAACAGCUUGUGAUAGUGGACAUAUGAAUAUUGUGAUGGAGUUGUUGAACGCAGGGGCUGAUGUACAUCUACAUGAUGGAUUUUAUACACCAUUGACAGCAGCAUGUGAGUAUGGACAUGUGGAUGCAGUGAAGGAGUUACUACAGAAAGGGACAGAUGUCAAUCCACAAGGACAGGCUAAUACACCACUGACCCUUGCAUGUAGGAAUGGACAUACAAGUAUUGUGAUAGAGUUGAUGAAGGCAGGGGCUGAUGUUAAUCUACAAAGUAAUUAUGAUACACCAUUGACGGCCACAUGUAAGAAUGGAUAUAUAAAUAUCACUAAAAUUCUGCUAGACUCAGGGAGUGAUGUUAAUAUGCAGGAUAAACAAGGCAACACUCCUCUCUAUAAAGCUUUUGUAAACAUAAAUAAAAUUUUCAUCCAUGUUAUGCUAGAAAUAUUUGAUAUCUAUGGUGCAGACUCAACUAUCAGUAAUAAAGAAGGUAUAUCAAUAGUAUAUAUCGCAUUAAUUAGAAAUGAAAUUAGUUCUAUUAAGCAUUUAUUAGGAACCGUGAAAGAAAGUCAGUUGGACAGACUGAGAUUACAUUUGUUUGAGUGUUUGGUAAACAUCAGACAUAGUGACGUGAUGACUGAUAGUAAGGAUGAUGUGGUGGUGACACGGAGACGAGUGUGGCGUAUGGAGUAUUGGGGAGAUUUAUAUAAGGCGAUACUAGAAAGUGAUAGUAAGGGUUUAAAGCAUCUUGUGGGCGUGGGUCUAGAUAUCAAUCAGUGGAUACAGCUGUAUAAUGAUUCUAAUGAUGAGUAUGAUGAGAGACCCCUGCUGUUUACACUGAUUGAUGUGUAUGAUUUUGACGACAGUUUAUUGGAUAAGGUGCGGAUCCUCCUGGAGUCGGGGGUGGAUGUUAAUGUCAGGGUGAGGUACAGAGAGUAUGAUUCUGUGUUAGACAGAGAGUGUGGUUCUGUGUUAGAUAGAGAGGGGGUGUCUGUUCUAGAGAGGACACGACAACUGCUGAAUAAGCGUAGAAAGAGUGAAUAUAUCUUGGAAAGAUUUGAAGUUUUUAAGUACACGAGAGUUAUCAAGGAGGUGAAGAAACAUGUAAGACGAUACUCUGUGUAGAGAAUUAACAGAACUCCAUUUACUUCUGGUGUAAAGUCUUAAUCACUUUGAGAGUACAUAUAACUGUAUACCUAUUGUAAAACAUUGAAGGGUUUAAAUGUUUUAUUUUUUACUAUACAGUAUCGUAUAGAGUGAACAUUACUAUGUCUUGGUGUAUAAAACUGAGAAUUAUUUACUACGACGUACUUUGGCUAAAAUAAUGUCUUAUGUGGACUUAUGUUAUUUGAAAUAGCUGGUAAACUUCAAUGCAUUUUUCUCAUCCAAGCUAUUUACACUGAUUUUGAUAAUUUUUGAUAUACAUGUAUUUUAGUGGCAAGAAAUGUGAAUGAGAGAUUUGUGUUAGCUGUUAAUAGUAUUUCAAUGUACAUAUAUUUACAAAACAUGUGUGUUUAUGUUGUUCAGUGUACAUGCAUUGUAAGAAAUUUUGAAUCAACGUUGCCGAAUCAUUUGUGCAAUUCUACUUUCCCGAUUAUUUUGGUGUCAAUUAUCUUUCCAGUAUUAAUAUAUCGAUCGAUUUUUUUAUUAACCGAAAAUGAAAUGGUCAAUGCACGAUGUCUUUACAUUUGUGUCACAUUCUCUUUACUUUAUUAAUUAACUAAUCAUGAAUUAUUUUUAAUUAUUCGUAAUUGAAAGUUAAAAUAUUUUAAUGUAAUGCUCUGUUUAUGUAACCUUGUGUAUCAUUAAAACCCUGAAUUUGUUUAAUGUGCUUCUGUUUUACUUUUUGUUAUCUGCAUUUAAACCAGGGCUGUUCGAAAAUUUUCACGGACAAUGUCAAUCUUUCUUUGUGGUUUUUAAUAUUUCAAAUCAAAAUAAUACUAGUAAAUCUGCCUUAUAAGUGGAGCAGACUUGGCAACAUAGUACAUAAAAAAGGUCAAGAAUUCCU